AUUUUAUAUAAUUGUCAAAGAAAGACAUUGGAUAAGAGAAGAAAAUAAAAAGUGAAUAUGUGGAGGGUAGUUCGAUCGAUAGUUUUACCGACGCGGUACACCUGCAGGUAGUCACGAUACCACUUGUCCAGGUAAACGAGGAUGGCGGGUGAAUAGUGCUAAUAGUGAUUUCUGACGAUUGCGGUAGCGGUCACAGUAAAUUCAGUUCGAAUUUUCUUAAUUUUUAAAUAUAUAUAUAUAAAUAUAUAUACAUCUUUCUCUAUUAAAAUAAAUUAAUUAUUUUUUAAUUAAUUAAAAGAAAAAAACAAAAGUCAUUCGAUUAUUCCUAAAUUGAAGAUAAAUUCAUUUUACAUAAAUUUUGCAAUGUAAUGUGUGUGUGGUAUCAACGAUUUUCUAGUGCGCGAUUUCGCUAAACGUAAAACGUGAGGAAAAAUCAAUAAUUUUUUUUUUUUUUGAAAGAAGGUUUUAUAAUGAUUGAGAAGAUUUUUGAGGAAAAUUAUUGGUGAUGAAAGAAGUGAAAUAUGAAGAUGAAUGUGCCUGAUGUUGAGGUACAAACGUCAACGUCGACGAUGGAAGUUAUGGAGACGGAUAAUUAUGGCGUCGAAGCUGAAUUAACAAGUUUAUCUUGGCUACAGUCUCUCGAUAUUACAAGUGCAUCAAGUCUACCAACUCCACCAUGUUCGCCAUCUCCACCCCCUAUCCCUCGUCAACCACCCAAGAAGAUGUCCCCUUUGCUCAAAGCUGAAUUAGAUCUAGUCGAGAACGCUGAUAUAUAUCGCACAGAUUGGAAUGCAAAACCUCCUUUUUCAUAUGCAACACUUAUAUGCCUUGCAAUGCGAGCAAAUAACAAUAAACUCACAUUGUCAAAUAUUUAUGCAUGGAUUCGUGAAAAUUUCUUAUUUUACAAGCACGCCGAUCCAGCUUGGCAGAAUUCCAUUAGGCACAAUUUGUCACUCAACAAAUGUUUCGUAAAAUUGCCACGUACAAAAGAUGAGCCGGGAAAAGGUGGUUUUUGGAAAUUGGACUUGGGUCGAAUUGAAGAGGGUAAACGAACAAGGCGGCGAAAUGCAACAACACGAAAUAAUAAUCGGCGUUCAAAAAAAGUGCCACAAACAACGUCUGAUAUAACUCCAUUGACAAUGACAACAGGACUUUAUGAAACUCCGCCAAAUAGUGUCUCACCUCCAAUUCCCGAUAGCUUAUCAGAAGUACCUGAAUCAACACAGGUUAGCCUCACUGAAGAAGAUUUAACUGGACUUUUAAUUUCUACCGUUGGUUGGGAUGAAAAUCAAUUAGAACUUCUUGAUUCAUUAUUAGAUGCCCUUUAAAUAUAUAAAUAUAUAUAUAAUCCUUUAUUCUUUUUCGAGAAUUCAUUCAAAACAUUUUUCCUGCAAUUAUUAUUAUUAUUAUAUAUAAUACAGUAUAGAUAAAAGGAUUCAUGAGUUGAAUAAUAUUUAGAAUUUUCGGAUUUUUUUUCCAUG